AUGACAUCACCAACGCCAGCAGCUCAAAAGAAGCCUAAAAAGUCAAAGACCACUGAUCCUACAGUAAAACUUCCAAAAACUAAGUUUCCACUGUUAGACGAUGAGACAGGAGAAAAGCAAGGAGAAAAGCAAGGGGAAAUUGCGGCAAAGCCGACAAAUGAAAGGGAUUCCCACGAAGAACCAGUCAUCGAUACAAAGCCGGACAUCUUUCAGAUAACUCAACAAGAUACAGCAAUAAUUGUAAAUUAUCCUAACAUAAAUGCAAGAAAGGAAAAGGAGUCACAUAUUCACGACACACUAGAUGCUCUGAAUGGGACGAGACGGGAGGAAAAUAUAACUCAAGAAAUGCCUCCAGAAACUGUUGCUGCACUACAAAGAUUAUUAGGAACAACUCCUGAUCAGAACAAGCCUAGAGGUUCAAAUUACGGAAGAUUGGCUCAAGAUUUCACGUUUCCACCAAGGAAUAAAUCCAAUCCAAAUAAUUCUUCGAAUAAUAAUAAUAAUGCUACUGCUUCAUCUUCAAAAAGUAAUGGAGAUGAUAAAGAGGUAGAUCAAGACGAUCUCGAUAAAAAAGAAAAAGCUCGUAGACGAAAAAGUAAUUUAAAUGCCUUUGCGCCGGAAUUCACUCCAAUUUCAUCUGCUAGCAUAUCAGUAGAUGCUAACAAAUCAAUUGACGCUUCAGAACAAAAACAUGAUGAUGACAGAAAAAAAAAGAACGUAAAGAAAGAGAAGCCGAACCAUGAAGUAAAUGGCGAUAUAGAACCAUCUUAUCAAAAGAAAAAACGUCGUUCGAGUCAACCGCUUAUUACGUCAGAAGCUCCACCAUAUGGCUUCCCUCCUAAUGGGUAUGAUCAUAACGCAUAUUAUAUGACUGGACCACAUACACCUUAUCUACCUAAUCAUGUUGAAGGAACUGUCAUGCCUAACUGGGAAGAGUUUCGAACAAAGAUAGUCACUGAACUUACCAGUAGAAUGGAAUCGGAGUUUCAAAAAAGUAUUGAUACACUUACAUCUGAAGUUAAAAAUACAUUUGUAGAACAUAUGCCUGAAGGUUCUGGUGUAAACGGAAAGAAUAAAGAUUAUGAUGGAACUAUACUGCAAAAAUUGCAAGACCAGAUUCUUCAAGAAUUACGGAACCAUCAUCAGGAAGUACGAACCACACAUGAUCAGCUGAUACACCUACACGAGGACCGUCGUCUUAAUCAAGCUUCUUCUCUUCAGGCAGUCCAAGAUGGUGAUAUUCAAGGUUCUAUUUCUCAGCGUCAUACUGAACUUCAGAAUAUGCAUCAUGAUUUACAAACAGAACUUAAAACUGGUUUUCGAGAAUUACAAAACGAAUACCGAAAUAUGCUAGAACGACAACAACAACUUACUAAUGAAAUUAAGAAUUCACAAGCUCUUCAAAGCCGCCUUACCGAAGUAGAAUCCGAACUCCUCAAAUUAAACACGAAGAAUCAACAUUUGACGUCCGAAAAUAAUAGACUCAUGAGCGAAAACCAAAACCUCAAAAUGAGGGAGCGUCAUAAUGAUGACAGAAAACGACAACAAGAGACCUUAAUUUCUGAAUUACAGGAAGAGAUAACUAGUAAUAAAAGCAACACUAUGCGUCUUGAUAAGGAUCUUGAACUUGCAAAAAACAAGAUAAGGUCGCUUGAAACACAAACAACACUACUUGAAACCCAUAACGGAAGUCUUAAAAAUGAAAUAUUUAAUUUGCAAGGACAAAUGCGUAGUCUGACAAAUGAUUAUGAUGAUAUGAUCAAAGAAAAUAGUGCGUUACACCUACAAGAGGAUAUAUCGCGUAACAACGAAAAAUCAUUCCAAUCCGAAAUUAGUGAUCUUAAUAAUAAGCUUGAAGUGUUGAAUAAUAGAAAUCAAGAUUUAGAACGUAAAAUUAGCAUGAAUGAUAAUAAAUUUAAGAAAGAAGAAGAAAAUCUUCGAAAACAACUUAAAACCGCUGAAAUACAAGUUGCGGAUUUACAACGUAAAAUAAAAGAACUUGAAAAAGAUAUAAACAUCCAAAACAAUGAAGCAGUGCAACUAAAAGCAAAAAAUACAGAAAUUGAAGGUUUGAAAAGCCAAAUAAAUCAAUUUAAACAGAGGGUCGAAGAUCUUGAAAAUAGUCGGACCGAACUACAACAAUCCAGUCAGAAGGAACUUGCUUCACUCCGUACUUCCAAUCAGACCCUUAAGAAUAAGAAUAAAACUCUUGAAGAUGAUAUUUCUAAUAUUAAUAAAGAACUUGAAAAUAAAGAUGUUGAGCUUCAACAUGCUUAUUCAAAAGUUAAGGAAUAUGAUUCACAAUUGAAAGAACUAGAAACACUUCGAAGUCUAUCUCUCGAUUACGAAGCUCAAUCGACAGAAUUAAAGGACUGUCGAGAACAGUUUGAUAUUCUUAACCAGAAAGUAAAGAGCAUAAACGAUGCUGCAGCCCGGGAGAUUAGUGAAAAGAUUGAUGAGGUGGCUAAACUUAACUUGAGAGUUCAACAAUUGGAAUAUGCGGAAAGGGAUCUUGAAUACAUUAGUGCACAAAAUAAAGAUUUAACAGAUCGUUUAGAAGCAGAAACGAAAAAGCAAAUUGAAAAUAAUCGAUCACAAAAGAAUGCAAGUUCUGCAUCAAAUGCGUAUUCAUUCGGAGGUCGCGAGCCUAGAAUGAAUGGUAUCGCUACAGAAUUCGAAGAUAGAAUAAUCUCAAAAGAUCAAUCCUUAUAUAACAAUCAACCUAAUGGCAACUUAGAGCAAGCUCAUUAUAAUUCUCGGAUGAAACCACCUACUGAAUAUAAUUCUCAACAACAAACAUUCAAUCAAUCACCUAUUCCUCAACAUCAAAUAUAUAUUCCUCAAACACAGAAUUCUACACCACUGCCACAGUAUGUGCAGCCUGAACAUCAUUUAUCACAUAAUGCACCAUCUUCACAAUCUCAACUCCAAGCAUAUGUUCCUUCCCACCAAUUGCAUUCAUCUCAACAACCUGUAUCUACUCGUUCAAAUACCCCUGUAUCAUCACAGAAAACGCAGCAAAAGCAGGAUCAAUUGCAACAACAGCAACUUCCGGCAUUAAUUCCUUCGUCACAACAAAUACAAUCUAAUCAAGGGCAAUCUACUGUGAAACAAGAAAGUAAGACUCAUAGUCGUCAAAAUUCUCGCUCAAACAACUCUGGUAAUAGAAAGAAGCACAAUCAGCAGGCAAAGAAGAAAGACCGAAAUAGAAGAAAUUCGACUACAGAUAACCCAGAGAAACCAGCUAAUAACUGGAAUACCAGUGAAUUGGCUAACGAUUUUUUUAUUGUGAGUUUAGAUAAUAAUGUUCUAAAUUUAAGAUCAUUAGAAAAUGAACUUAUUAUCACCCUUUCAAGUAAUCAUGUUCUAAAUUGUAAAAUCAUUAAAAAUAUCAAUGAUUAA